CGGGUCGCGUCACUCGGAGCAGCGGGUCCCGGCUCGACAGGUCUCCUCUGCUGGUUGAAAUGUCCAUGAUUUUAUCUGCAUCAGUCAUUCGUGUCAGAGAUGGGCUGCCACUUUCUGCUUCUACUGACUAUGAACAAGGCACAGGCGUGCAGGAGUGCAGAAAGUAUUUUAAAAUGCUCUCGAAGAAACUUGCUCAGCUUCCUGAUAGAUGUACACUGAAAACUGGACAUUAUAACAUUAAUUUUAUUAGCUCUUUGGGAGUGAGCUACAUGAUGUUGUGCACUGAAAAUUACCCAAAUGUUCUGGCCUUCUCGUUCCUGGAUGAGCUUCAGAAGGAGUUCAUUACUACUCAUAACAUGAUGAAGACAAAUACUGCUGUCAGACCAUACUGUUUCAUUGAAUUUGAUCAGAGGACCAAGCAGCAAUAUAAUAAUCCCAGGUCUCUUUCAACAAAGAUAAAUCUGUCUGACAUGCAGAUGGAAAUCAAGUUGAGGCCCCCUUAUCAAAUUUCCAUGUGUGAACUGGGGUCGGCCAAUGGAGUCACAUCUGCAUUUUCUAUUGACUAUAAAGGUGCUGGUAAGAUUUCUUCUGCACACAGGAGGUGGAUGGGAGCAGAACUUCACUGGACUAAAGAAAUGACUCCAGAUGAUAAUUUGAAUCCACAGGAACAAAUGAAGAAAGCCAGAAGUGAUAAGAAUUUAUAUUAAUAAAACUUACA